CACGUGACUAUCUAGGCCGUAGAAAAAAUGUCGUAGCUAGCUAGAAAGUUUUGGUGUUGUUUUUGUUCUCAUAAACAAUUGUACCCGCUCAAAGAUGGGCACGGGUGCAAGUACUGCGGAGGGGAUGCCCCUCAGUCCCCGCGUUGAGUACGCAGAACAACAAGGAAAGAAAACAAACCAGACGAUUCUAAUUGACAACCCCAAACUGGUGGAUCUUGGACACGGGAGUGUGCGAUAUCGACGACCGCACAACGUCAUAGCGGCAGAGGGCAGUCUUCCUGCAGGCAGCUCGGGCAGCAAGCCGGUCAAGAGGCUAAAGGAGGGGUACUUCUACCACCCACAGUUUAAGGACUACAGCGCAGAUGCAAUUCUAGAUCCCAAAGAUGCCUUCAAGUUGCAGCACGUUUGCCGAGGCCCUGCAAGGGCUCGUGGGAAGAAGCUGUUCUACGUGUACGGGAUCGGGAAGAACGCGAAGGACCCCGGGCUGCAGCGACAUGGGCAGAAACCGCAGGGCAAGGGCUACCAGUGGCCGCAGGAGUAUCGAAAUCCUAACCACGCCUACUUUGAGCUGACCUUUGUCGACCAAGAUGAUGCAGACAAUUUGACGGAGAAUGAUGAUGAUGAUGAUUAUGACAUAGACAGUUUAGACGAUGCCUCCUCUGAGAACCAAGACUUUAUGAGGAUCAGACUCCCGGCGGAUGAUUCAGUGGAAGGAUUGAAGAAGAGAAUGGCAAUAAGACUGCUGAAGCCUGUGUCCAACAUCCACAUCAGUCACAACACCACCAAACUGCAAAACGAGGACAUCCUUCGGGAGUUGAGAGAGCAGAGCGAAAACAAGCCGAGAAAACUGACAGUGGAGCUACGUGCCAUCUAAGAACUCAGCACUUCCCCAGGUUGCCACGAAUGUGACAUCUUACUAUUCUUAGCACAAAAUUGACCUGCCAGAUGGCAAGAUGUUAGAAACUAAUGUUACAAAUAUCACAUCAAGUAAUAUUCCACCAGCCCAGGGGAAUGGAAAGAAAACUGACACUUCACA